AUGGAAACAAUAUCAGCUCAUGGUACAACGAAACAAAAACCAAGUCUCGAUUAUAAUGGUUAUUCAUACGUAAAAUAUCGAUCAACAAAUGAAAAACCUUAUUGGCGAUAUAUAAAAUAUUCAUCACAUCAUUGUCGUUCUCGUUUACAUAGAUGUAAUAUCACUAAUUAUAUCGUAAAACCGCCAACCGAAGAUAUUUGCAGAUUUGAUGAUGCAAUAUUAGAACUUCGCAAAUUCGAUUAG